UCUGACUCGGCCUGCCCGGCAGUUCCAGUACCUGCAUCUUCUUCUGGACCUGAGCUCCCACGAGAAGGACAAGGUAGGUGGGUGCUAAGUGGACCAGUCCGGUUCUUUCAGCCUCCUGUUGUCACUGUCCAUUCCUUGUCUUCUCAGGUCCGUCAGCAGGCUCUGAACCUUAUUAAGAGGAUGUAUGAGAAGGAGGCUCUUCAUCAGUACAUUGAGAAGUUUGCCCUGAAUUACCUGCAGCUUCUGGCUCACCCCAAUCCCCCAUCAGUGCUGUUUGGGGCAGAUAAGGACACAGAGGUGGCGGCCCCCUGGACUGAAGACACCGUGAAAGCACUGUUUAUAUCUCUAUCUGGCUCUGCUCCCCCAUAACCACAAGCUGAUCCAUGAAUUGGCCUCUGUCUACACUGAGGCCACAGCAGACAUCAAGAGGACGGUGCUGAGGGUCAUCGAAACACCGAUUCGGGGAAUGGGAAUGAACUCUCCUGAGCUGCUUCUAUUGGUGGAGAAUUGCCCCAAAGGUGCCGAGACUCUGGUCACCCGCUGCCUGCACAUCCUGACCGAUAAAGUGCCGCCAUCUCCUGAACUAGUGAAACGCGUACGCGACCUCUAUCAGAAGCGUCUCCCAGAUGUCCGUUUCCUGAUCCCAGUGCUGAACGGUCUGGAUAAGAAAGAGGUAAUCCAGGCUUUGCCGAAACUCAUCAAACUGAACCCAAUAGUUGUGAAGGAAGUAUUUAACCGCCUCCUGGGCACCCAGCAUGGUGAUGUGACGUCCUCCAUGUCUCCUCUCACCCCCGGAGAUCUCCUUGUGGCUCUCCAUAAUAUUGACUCCAGUAAAUGUGACAUGAAGUCUGUCAUUAAGGCCACCAAUCUGUGUUUUGCUGCCCGCUCCGUCUACACCUCCGAGGCUGUUGUUCUCCAGCAACUGAUGGACACCACGCCCCUGCCCAUGCUGCUCAUGAGGACGGUCAUCCAGGCUCUCGGCAUGUAUCCUCGGCUUGGUGGCUUCAUCAUGAACAUCUUGACUCGUCUCAUCUACAAGCAGGUCUGGAAAUACCCCAAAGUCUGGGAGGGUUUUAUUAAAUGCUGCCAAAGAACCAAACCGCAGUCAUUCAGUGUCCUGCUACAGCUUCCACCUCCUCAGCUGCUGUCUGUCCUCCAGACAUGUCCUGACCUUCGAGACCCUCUUCUAUCUCAUGUCCGGUCUUUCACACCAAAUCAGCUGGCUCAUGUACCACAUGCCAUCAUGGCCAUCUUAGAAGCGGAGUCCAGAAUGGAUGAAGACAUAGUGGAAGAGACUGCAGAAACUUCAGGCCAGGAUCUCAUUGCUAAACGCCUUGCUCAGGAGAAAUCAUUAAAGCGUCAGAUACUUGAAGAUCAGAAGGGAAAGAAUAAGCCGGAGGUUGAGGAAGAAGCAGAAAUGGAUCUCCCCAUUAUCCUGAUUGAAGAAGAGGAGGAGAUGAUGAAACAUCAGGAGAAAGAGUCUCCUCCGGAGGAAUCUGAGAACACUGCCAUCCACACCACCUACUCCCCACCCCUGGAUGAGGCCAUGGAGGAAGGUCUAGAACAGAAGGAGGACUAA